CUGAAUGUAAAAGUUUUGUUAUUUAUUUCUGAUAAAGAAAAACACCAAGAAAAAAUUAAAUGCAUCUUAAAUUUUUAGCCAACAAAGCAUUGAUAACAGUUUAACAAAUAAAAUAAGUGCAAUACAAUAAUGAUUAAAGCUAUUUUAGUGUUUAAUAAUCAUGGCAAACCACGCCUCUCCAAGUUCUAUCAAUAUUUUAAUGAAGACAUGCAGCAGCAGAUAAUUAAAGAGACAUUCCAAUUGGUUUCUAAGCGAGAUGAUAACGUUUGUAAUUUUCUAGAGGGAGGCAGCCUGAUUGGUGGUUCGGAUUACAAACUCAUUUAUCGGCACUAUGCUACACUGUAUUUUGUGUUUUGCGUGGACUCUUCGGAAAGUGAAUUGGGCAUUUUGGAUUUAAUACAAGUUUUUGUAGAGACUCUCGAUAAGUGUUUUGAAAAUGUGUGUGAACUCGAUUUAAUCUUCCAUGCUGAUGCUGUGCAUCACAUACUCUCCGAACUGGUGAUGGGUGGUAUGGUAUUGCAGACAAAUAUGGCCGAUAUUAUGGCAAGAAUUGAAGAGCAGAAUAAAAUUGUCAAACAAGAAGCCGGCAUUUCAGCUGCUCCAGCGAGAGCAGUGAGUGCGGUAAAAAGCAUGAACAUUCCACAACAAAUUAAAGAUAUUAAACUGCCCGAUUUGCCACAAGCCAUAAAAGACUUAAAGUUCUGACCAGGGCAAAGCUCAAAUUCAGCCUUUGUAGAUAAUUUUGUGUUACAACGUCUCACUUCACCCACAACAAUAAAUCCAUCAUCGGCUUUUAGUUCUUUUGCGGCAUAUGCCUUUAACAAUACCGGAAAUGCUGGCGGUUACAAUAACAGCCCUUUAACUCUUAACAACAAAAACGUCUACGCAUCCUCAGUUUCACAAUUUCUCAAUCAAAGUAUCUAUGAACCCAUAGAGGAUGACAACUAUUCUCAUAUUUCCACAACAUUUCCUAAUCCCGAGACGAUUGCUUCAGCUUUCAACUAUGACUACUAUCAAUCUCAAACCUGUAUGGAUCCGGAAACAUGUAAUUCCUUCGAAUCCAAUACUUUGUAUCAGCAGGAGAAAAGUGUUGCCAAAAACUUAGCUGAUGUCGCCGAAGCCCACGAACAAAGCUUAAAACUAUUUCGAGAAUCGUUUGAUUUGGAUGGUGCCAGACAACCUUUGGGCACCGAUUCAAAAAGAAAACAUAAAAAGUCUAAACGCUAUAGCAAUCAGUGAACGAGAUUGGAAAGAUAUGUGCAAUCGCAAACAACAAAAAAAUAAAUGAAAUCUGUUAAGAAUUAAUAUGUCGAUGUUGUGGUCCUUACAGUUUACAAUUUAGUUUAAAACGUCCUAUAAACUCUACUUAUCUAUUUUAAAGAAAUGUAUAUUUUUAUUCUAAAAUAAAAAUUGUCUAUUAAGUUUAAUACAUUUAUGGAUGAUUUCAACAUACUA